UCAUGUUUUCAGAAAACCCCUCGGUGCGGCGAAUGGAUUGAACCAGCGGUCAACGGUAGCGAGCACGUUCUCGCUAUCUGUCACACGACAGAUAAAUGUUUGUGGAUGGUAGUUGGCAACCAGUCCGAGCGAAUACAGCGCACACGCCGAGUUUGGUUUGCCCGCACUAUUCUACAAAGGCAUAUUUAUUUUUGUGGAAUUAAUCGGGAGGAUUAUAUCGCAGGGAGGAGUGCGGGUGGAGGCUGUGUAUUUUGGGAUCAUACUUGCUGGAUAGGAAUGGUGUAGGGCGAGGAGGCCCUGUAGAUGUGUGUCAUGAAGCUUCUCAACGCCUGUGUGACCUCAUAAAGGGAGUGCUUUCUCAUUGAAAAUGAUGAUGCAUAAGCAAUCGGCCCGUACCUCCCCAGGCAGCGUUUGUUCUCUGCAUGGAGGAGGUGUUCCUGGAUCCUCGGCGGUCACUAUAGUGGCCAAAAUGGACAAUCAAGUGAUUGGGUAUAAGGACCUAGCAGCUAUACCUAAAGACAAGGCCAUUCUUGACAUAGAGAGGCCUGACCUGAUGAUGUAUGAGCCCCACUUCAGCUAUUCACCAAUGGAGAGGUCAUUAUCUCCUCGUUCAAUCUCCCCUCCUCCAUCUCCAGAGAACAGUCUAUCAAAGGAUGUCUAUCAGAGGGAUUGGUCAGAGCCCAAGUCAUCAGGCAGCUCGUCUCCGGCCUCCACACAGCUGAGUAAAAGCAUCACCGUCAGCACAAAAGUCCCACACCAGCAACAGCACUUCCACAGGCCAGACAAUGGAAACAAUAUAUACAAGAAGCCACCAAUAUAUAAGCAAGAUGUCUCAGCAGCCGUUCCACACAGUAAACACAUGGAGGAUUUAAUCAUCGAGUCAUCAAAGUUUCCCGCCGCACAACCUCCAGAUCCCAACCAGCCCUCUAAGAUAGAGAUGGACUACUGGCCCUGCCCUCCCUCACUAGCUGUUAUAGAGAAAGAGCGAAGGAAGAACGUGGCGUCCAAGAUGCCUGAGGGAGAGGAGGGUGAGGAGGAUGAUAAGUAUGAUGACAGUGAUCUGUCUGAAGACAUGUGGAGACUUCGGCAAAUGCAGAAACAAGAGCUCAACAAGAAACCAAGAGGGAAUUCACUCCCUAGUAUGCUGGAACAAAAGAUUUACCCAUAUGAGAUGCUCCUUGUGACUCACCGAGGCAGAAACAAACUCCCUCCUGGUGUAGACAGGACAAGACUGGAGAGGCACCUGUCACCUGAGGAAUUCCAGAAUGUCUUUGGAAUGUCCAUAGAGGAAUUCGACCGGCUCUCCCUUUGGAAGCGGAACGACCUGAAAAAGAAAGUCUCUCUCUUCUAGUAGUCAGAGAAAUACGUUCUUUUACAAACACUGUCACAUGUCUGCACUUCCGUUUGUGAAAACAGUACAGGUGAUACAAGUGAAGGAAAGAUGAGGAAUGUGAUUUUGGAGCCAGCAAAAAAAAACAAAAACAGUUAUCCUUAUCGUUUGAUAAGCCCCAUAUCUUAUUGCAGCUAACAAUCAUAUCCGAGUCUAUGAUGUUGUCUCUUUUUCUAGUUGCAGCUACUAUAUCAGGACUUCAUUGAGGUUACCAAGUCCUCUUCCGUGUGUGCUUAGUAAAGCUAUAAUGAUAUACACAGAUAUGAAUGCUAUGAAUACACAUGAAGCAGAUAUGAAUCGCACCAGUUAUUUCAGCAGACCAAAUCCCUGCAAAAAAUUCUGACGUCCAGAUGGACAAACAGGAGCCUGUGAGUUAAAGUCACUGCCACAGUUUUCAGCCUUUAUGUGCUAAGCAUGAAUUAACAAACCUUUAGAAUAUGGGUCAAUGGCAUUUUUUUUUUCUCCAGAUUUAUUAAUUUGUUAAAAAUAGAUUUA